AUGGCGUUGCCACCCAAAUGGUACCAGUUCCUCGUCUCAGUCUUUGCCUCCUUGGGCUCUGUACUCUAUGGCUAUGAUCUCGGUGUCAUUGCCGGAGCUAUUGGCUCCAAGUCCUUCAACAAUGAAUUUCACCCUGAUGCCAACGAGACCGGUGCCGUUGUCAGUGUUUUCACUGGCGGUGCUUUCUUUGGAGCCUUCUUCGCAGGCCCAUGUGGUGACAGGCUUGGUAGAAAGAUGACUAUUCUGAUCGGCUCUAUUGUUUUCAUUGUUGGAGGUGCCCUUCAAACGGCUGCUCAAAAUCUGCACUACCUCUACGCUGGCCGUGCUAUUGCUGGCCUUGGUGUUGGCAUGCUGGUCAUGAUCAUCCCCCUGUACCAAGCUGAAUUGGCCCACCCCAGUAUUCGUGGUCGUGUAACAUCUCUACAACAGUUCAUGUUGGGUAUUGGUGCUUUUGUUGCAUCUUGGGCCGCUUACGGUUGCUAUACCUCUUAUGGAGACCACGACAGCAGGCAAUGGCGAAUCCCUCUCGGUAUUCAGAUGGCUCCUGCCUUGCUUCUCGGUACAUUGAUCCUGUUCUUCCCCGAGUCUCCCAGAUGGCUCAUGUCGAAUGGACAAACUGAAAAGGGUCUUCAGACUCUCGCUAGACUGCACUCCAACGGCAAUGCUCAAGAUCCCUGGGUCAUCGCCGAGUUCGAAUCUAUCCAAGACGCUGUUACCUACGAGAAAGAACACGAAGCAAAGUCCUACGUUGAGCUCUUCACCAACAAGUCAAGCUUCCGUCGCCUGUUCAUCGCUGUUGCUCUGCAAGCUUCCGUUCAGAUGACCGGUGUAUCAGUCAUCCAAUACUACUCGGUCGAGAUUUUCGCUCAAAUCGGAAUAUCUGGAGACGACACUUUGAAGUACCAAGCCAUCUCGUCGCUCAUUGCUCUUUUGGCGCAAUUCUGUUGUCUGAUGUUGAUUGACAAAUUUGGUCGUCGCUGGCCUCUUAUCCUCGGAAACAUUGGUAAUGCUCUUUGCUUCAUUGUUGCAACCUGCCUGCUUGCCAAGUUCCCUCCGGACCCCAAUAACCCCUCAAACUCGAACAAAGGAGCUGGUUGGGGCUUCAUCGUCGUCGGAUGCUGGUUGUACAACUUCUCGUUCUCGUCCACUUGCGGUCCCCUAAGUUGGAUCAUCCCUGCCGAAAUCUUCGACACCAGAACACGUUCCAAGGGUGUCUCGAUCGCAACUAUGGUUUCCUUUGCCUUUAACACCAUGAUCGGUCAGACCACCUCCGUUGCUAUUGCCAACAUUGGCUGGAGAUGGUAUAUUGUCUUUAUCGUCUGCAACUUCACCAACGCCCUCUUCUUCUGGGCUAUUCUUCCUGAGACUGCUGGUCGCCCGCUUGAGGAGAUGAACUAUCUCUUUACCCAAGCUCCCCUGUUUGUGCCUGGAACUGCUGCUGGUGGUCGCAAAGGCUUUGCUACUCACGAGCUCGAGAGACGUGCUGAGGAAGUCGAGAGAAAGGGUUCGAUCACUAUUCAUCACGAGGAGACCACUGCCGAGAAGGUUUAA